UAUCAGAGUCCUUCAUUGAGAAAAAUCCACAGCCGAGUGAUUAAUCGAGGUGCUGCAUGGGAUGUAGGGGAGGAAAUCUGCGACGAGUUCUGUUUUCACACUGCCAAGAAACUUCACUUACCAAGGUGAAGACUCCUGCAACAUGGAGGCCUUUUAUGAUCAGCAGGUUCCCUUUGUGGUCCCUGAGAGUAAAUGUCGCACACAGGAAGCAUCAAAGUGUCUCAGCGAUAGGAAGAGGAAGUUCAUGGACACCGAGCUGGCUCAGGACACAGAAGAGCUAUUCCAAGACCUGAGUCGGCUCCAAGAAAUAUGGAUCGCAGAAGCUCAAGCUACCGAUGACGAGCAGUUUGUCCCGGAUUUCCAGUCCAAUAACUUGAUGUUUCAUGGACUGUCCGCCAGCAAAGUGAAGCGUGAACCCAGUCCGUCCAAAGACUUCUCUCCCUGCAGAACGCCUCAGGCUGACAUGUGCCUUUACAGCUACAGUGCCUGUGAGCCCGCUCUGACUCCAUCAUCCACACCUGCAGUACAACAACGUGGCUCCAUCCACCCUACUGGACCUCCACCUUUACAGAGGCAGUUACAGCCAUCUACCCCUCAGCUGACCAACAACUGCUCCCCAAACCACGCUCCUGCCCUCAGCCCCUCCCACCUCCGCAACCUUCCACAGGCCAAUCAGAGCCAGCAGUUUGCUAUGCCACAUCCUCCCAUCGGCUCCUCCAGUGUGUUGUUCAACGCAGAACAAAGGUUCCAGCGGCAGUUGUCAGAUCCCUGCCUGUCUUUCCUUCCUCCAAAGAAGACCGCAAACACACCGUACCACCCCGCCAUCCGUGACGGGAGGCCAAUGUAUCAGCGCCACCUUUCAGAGCCUCUGGUUCCCCACGCUCCCCGGGCUUUUAAACAAGAACUGGUGGACCCGAGAUAUCCAGAGCCAGGGCCUCCUACUUCAGGUCUGGCACGUCCUCAGACUGCCUUCAACCAUGUCACAAUUAAACAAGAGCCAAGGGACUUUGGCUAUGACUCAGAGGUUCAAACAUGCCAGUCGUCAUCCUUUGAGAAGUCUUCUGCUUUGUACCAAAAUAACAGUGCAGGAUUUGGUCCAGACAGAGAGCAGUGUCUGUACUAUGAUGACACCUGUGUUGUGCCAGAAAGGCUGGAAGGUAAAGUGAAACAGGAGGGUCUGCCGUACCAGCGCCGUGGCUCCCUGCAGCUGUGGCAGUUCCUGCUCACACUCCUGGACAACCCAGCCAAUGCACACCUGAUCAUCUGGACGGGCCGAAACAUGGAGUUCAAGCUGAUUGACCCCGAAGAGGUAGCUCGGCUCUGGGGGAUCCAGAAGAAUCGACCUGCCAUGAACUACGAUAAGCUGAGUCGCUCGCUGCGGUACUAUUAUGAAAAGGGCAUUAUGCAGAAGGUGGCCGGUGAGCGGUACGUCUACAAGUUCGUGUGCAACCCCGAGGCACUUUUCUCCAUGGCUUUCCCAGACAAUCAGAGGCCAAGUCUCAAGCCUGACCCGGAUGCUGUCCUACCUCCCAGCGAGGACGAAGGCCCCCACCUCCCCAGCUAUGAAGAUGACGGGCCUUAUCUGGCUGAAGGAGCGGAGCAGUGCAUCCAAAGACUGGGCCUCCCUGACGGCUACCCGUACUAGACUCCACAGCAUGGCAGCUGAAGUUAUUUUUAACACGAUGUAACCUAUAUUUACGGAGCAGUGUUUGAGAAUUUUUAGUAUGUAUACCUACGCUAUCUGUCACAAAGACGCAGGAUUUGAAGAAGUUAGGUUUUUUUUUUUUUUUUUUUUUUUUUGGUGAAAUUAUUAUUAAGCCAGAAAGCUAACAAAAAAUAACUGAGAUGUUUAAACUCAGAAAAUGAAAAAAAAAAACUCAUUGUAGUUCUGAUUUGUUUUCACGUAUUAUAAUAUUCUAAAAAUACCUGGAAUUUCAAGAUUAGUUUACAUUCGAGCAGUCAAUAAGAUUACAACAUGUAUCUAGAAGGAGAAGGCUUUACUAUUGGGAUGUGAUGGGUAAAAUGGUAUUGAGUCAGGUUUGUUGGGUGGGAUAGGCAGUUGUAGCAAAAUGAGGCUGGUGAAAUUACAAUGACAGUUUUAUUUUUAUUUUUUUGUAAAAACUGCAUCGUUCUUGAAAUAUUCCAGCUUUUUCUUGUAAAAUUGUGAUGCUCAAUAUUUUUUCCCCAAACUUUUUUUUUUUUUCUUCAAAAUGCUCCAUUUUUAUCUUUACAAUUCUUUUUGUUAGUGACAGUGGUCUUGAUGCCAGUUGUAUUUUUUUUGUAGCAUGGCCAUCUUUGUAGUCCUUUUGCUUGUGAACUCUGGGAUUUGUAUUACAACCAAAGUAUCUCAAAGCCAUGGCAUUCCUUUACUGUUUCUGUUUUAAACUGCUUGAAAGGGACUGAUUUGUAUUUUCAGACCUAUGAAUUCUCCUAUAAACAUCAGUUUGAAAUGUUUUGUGUACCUCUUCUUGUUUUCAAAGCUGAUAUUUUUUUGGCUUUCUAUGGACUCGUAAGUUUUUCCUAUUGCUGUUUUUGACAAAGGUACUGCUUCUAUUUUUGAUUCAGUGAUACUCUGAUGCGAAUAAUAAGCAUGGACUUUCUUAUGAAUGCGUCAGCAGUUCAUGUCCUCGGAUAGUUUUCUGCAUUUUGUAGAGUUUAUUUGCUUCGACGUGUAGAAAAAGUGUAUAAUUAUAUAUGGAUAUAUUUUUGCAAAAGGCUGCGAUUUUUCCUGCUGAAGUAUUUCUUCAGCCUUCCAAGGAUUUACCCAUGAACUCCUGCAGCUAGAUGGAUGUAAAGGUAUAUUUUGCUAUCUGAUCACAUGGUUGUAUAACAUACUGACACUGGUCUCACUUCUGCCCUUGGAUACUGUUAUUCGUGCCUUCUGUUGAUCUUUACUGAUAAAAUAAACUAUUUUACUCUU